AUGACGGCACCAAGCGUGAUCACAGCGGAUACGAAGAUCGAAUCCCCCGAGGCAUCGGAUACCCAGUCCGAAUCGCUCGACAUCGACUACGAGGCGGAGAAACGGCUGCUCCGGAAGCUGGACUGGCACAUCCUGCCAGUGGUAGCACCCCUCUACGUCUGCAGUUUCCUCGAUCGCAUCAACAUCGGAAAUGCGCGGCUAUACGGGCUGGAGGAGGACCUGAACCUCACCGGCCAACAAUUCCCCAUCGCGCUGUCCCUCUUCUUCGUCACCUACGUCCUCGUCGAGAUCCCGUCCAACCUGAUCAUCAAGCGCGUCGGCCCUUCUCGCUGGAUCCCUUUCAUCACCUUCACGUGGGGCAUCGUCGCCACGUGCACCGGCCUCGCCCAGAACUUCGCCGACCUGGUGUCGCUCCGCCUACUACUAGGCAUCUUCGAAGGCGGCUUCUUCCCGGGCGUCGCGCUGUACCUGACGUGCUUCUACACGAAGAAAGAGCUGGCGAUGCGACUGGCGCUGUUCAUGAUGAACAGCAGCAUCGCCGGGGCAUUCGGCGGGCUCCUCGCCUACGCCAUCGGUUACAUGGACGGCACACUCGGCUACCGCGGCUGGCGCUGGAUCAUGAUCCUCGAGGGGAUCCCAACCUGCCUCUUCGCCACCAUCGCCUUCUUCACGCUCGCCGACUCCCCCGAAUCCGCAAAGUACCUCACGCCCACCGAAAAGGCCCUCCUCCGCGCCCGGCAGGCCCGCUACGCCACCUCCCGCACCGCCGCCGCCGAGCACCUCCAGCGCUCCGACAUCCUCCUCGCCCUGCGCGACUGGAAGCUCUACCUCUUCUCAUCGGCGGGCUUCUGCACCGCGACGAUGAUCUACGGCUACAGCACGUUCCUGCCGACCAUCAUCCGCGGGCUGAACCCGUCGUGGUCGACGCUCAAGGUGCAGGCCAUGACGAUCCCGUGCUACACCGGCGGCAUCAUCUCGUGCCUGCUGGUGGCCUGGGUGUCGGACCGGCUGCAGCGGCGCGGGGCUGUCGCGGCGGCGGCGACGCUGGUGGCGUGCUCGGGGUACGUGGUGUUGCUGACGACGCAUGGAGGCGCGGCGGGGUAUGCGGGGUGCAUGGUGAUUCCGCUGGGGAUGUAUGCGGCGUCGGGCGUGUGCAUUGCGUGGGUGGCGGUGAAUAUGCCGAGGUAUGGGCAGAGGGCGGUGGCGCUGGCGAUGAAUGUUAUGGGGGUUAAUACGGGGGGGAUCAUGAUGAGUUAUAUAUAUCCCAAGUCCGAAGGCCCCCAGUACCAUCGCGGGCACUCGGUGACGCUUAGCCUUGGCCUUGUCGCCGUCACCAUAAUGGCUUUCCUGUCGUGGUAUUUUUCGCACGUCAAUAGGCGGAGGGCGGCGGGGAAGGAGGACUGGAAGGCGGCGAGCUUGACGCCGGACCAGAUUGAGGAGUUGGGAGAUCGGAGUCCGCACUUCAUCUACACAACGUGA